AUGCAUUCCAAACUUUCGGUCCUCCUGCCCGCUAUCACUUCGACUGCUGCUGCUACCCUGACCAACUUCUGCGGGGUCCCAAAUGCCUACGAGGUUCUCUCCGGCACGCCAUGGAUUGUGUUCUCGAUGAACUAUAAUUAUCAAGAUAUCAGCGGGUCGUGCUGUACUGGAUACUACGACUUCACCGGAUCCGGAGACAACCAAACUCUUCACUGGAGCAGCGUCUGGGACAUUGAUGAGUCUGUCGACACAGAUGUCGUCAAGGGCUAUUCAUUCAUCGGCCUGACGCAGAACCUCGAGACGCAGCUGAGCGCCAUCUCUUCCAUCCCGAGCACCUACCAGUGGACCGUCACCAAUACCACUGCGUACAAGGGAAACGUUGUCUACGAUUUCAUGACCUCCGACACAAAGGGAGACUCCACAUCCUCGAGCGCCCAGGAGCUCAUGCUCUGGGUGGCCUAUGAAGGCGGCCAGGUGCCCAUCGGCUACUCGGACGGCGCUGUCGCGACCAUCGACGGCUUGUACGGCAAGGACGGGUGGCAGCUUUACCAGGGGGUGAACACCGACACCGGCAUCACGGUCUCGUCUCUGCUGGUGGCUGAGGACGAUCAGUUCGACGGCGAGUUCUCGGGUGACAUCAAGGACUGGCUCACAGCGCUGUCGGAACAGGGAAUUUUCAGCACCAGCACCUAUGUCAAUGUUGGAAACGCGGGCAUGGAGCCGUUCUGGGGUACUGUCACCUUUGAUAACUACCUCAGCCUCCGUAUUGAUCUGUGA